GAGAUAUCUCCCUGCACUUAACAGGUUUUCUGUGACUUGCAUAUAUGAUUCCCGAAAACUCGUACCACCCAUAAUUGGAUUUUUACCCCGAAUAAUGAAUUCGGUUCGCCUGUGAAUAGGAGAGAUGUGUCCAAAGUGUGUACUCAUUUCCACUCCCAUAGCUUUUCGAAUCGGACGCUGGUGAAAUGAAGAACCAUUUGGCAGUGUUCUUGGUCGUGGCAUUAGCUGCUCUAGCGGAACUGCCAGGAGUUAGAGCUUCGUCCGUGGAUAUACUGUCCCAUUGUGUCGCCUGUCCGGACGAAUUCAAGGGCAAGUUGGUGUGCGCCUUCAUCAACGGCUGCUACUUGGAAAUAGAGUACUGCUCCAUGGUGGUCUUCAACUGUGGACGCCAACAGCACCACAAGCACCUGUUCCUGGUCGUAAACGAGGGCAAGUGCACGCCAGUUCGGGGCUACAAAUGCGAGACCAUGGACUUUUAAAUUCUUGCGGAGACUCUCCGCAUUUAUUUAUGGAUGCAAUGAUUACAUUUUAAAGUGCUUAAUCUGAGGGAAAUGUGUGAUGAUGUGUUGAUUAAAACUUGACAAUGUGUCCGGUGAAAUAGA